GACGUUAAUUAGCUCCUGUCAGUGCGGUUCGGUGGCGAAAGACGUCAGUUCGCCCGUCCCCGCCUCCCCCUGCACCAGCUGAGCAGCGGGCCGCCGCUUCCCGUCCCGCCCAUAGCGGGGUCCGGCCGCUCGACGUGUGCGCCGGGCCGGGCCGGGCCGCCGUGCGUCAGCGCUGCUAUAAGAGGCGGCGAGGCGGGGCCGCGCAGUAGAUGGCGGAUUGCUGGCCGGCGGAGGCUGCCUUUUGUACCGAGUGUCAUAGUCAAGGGUGGGAGGCGAAAGCGCGCAGGGGCCCGGCGCCCGUCCGUGCCCGUGCCCGUCACUGAGGAGCUGCUGGAGCGCCGUGCCUGCCGAGGAGAGCGCGGCGCCGAGCCCGCGUGUGGCCGGCCCUCGCUGCGUGUCCGAGCCGCACUCGCUCUGCCCUCGAUCCGUCGGAGUCGCACCAUUAAUUGGAUGAAGAACGGCCCAAAUCUGUUGCUGUGUCCACAAUGGAUUUCAAUUCAAUCCCUGUAACUGCUGACUAUUGUAAAGACUGUGAAAGACAGACUAUCAAACACAGUGGAUAGCGAAUACUGCUGCACAGUACUUGUGUAGUGCACAUUAAUCUUCAUUCUAUUUAAUCCAUUUAUUUAUUAAUUACAUAUCAAGAUAUUUUGUUACCUCAUUUUGUAUAUUUAAGUCAAUAGUAUUUUUUUUAAAAAUCUGUACCUCUAAAGCAUUACCAACUUGAGUGACCAUGGCAUUGGAGGAGUAUGUAUGGAUGGUUGUGGUUGGAUUCAUCAUUGCAUUUGUUUUGGCAUUCUCGGUGGGAGCCAAUGAUGUUGCCAAUUCAUUUGGGACAGCAGUUGGUUCUGGAGUGCUGACACUCAGAAAAGCUUGCAUCUUGGCAACAAUCUUUGAAACAUUGGGUUCUGUACUGCUGGGUGCCAAAGUCAGUGAAACCAUUCGUAAAGGAAUAAUUGAUGUGGACAUGUUCAACUCGAGUCAACAAUUGCUAAUGGCUGGGUCAGUCAGUGCCAUGUUUGGUUCUGCUGUCUGGCAGUUAUUGGCUUCAUUUUUGAAGCUCCCUAUAUCUGGUACCCACUGCAUUGUGGGUGCUACCAUUGGUUUUUGUUUGGUGGCUACAGGUGCUCAUGGUGUCAAGUGGCUGGAGCUGCUGAAGAUUGUUGCUUCUUGGUUCAUCUCGCCUCUGCUGUCUGGAAUCAUGUCUGCUGCUGUCUUUUACUUGGUCCGCUGCUUUAUUUUACAUAAGGCUGACCCUGUGCCAAAUGGACUCCGAGCUCUGCCUGUCUUCUAUGCCUGCACAAUUGCAAUUAAUCUUUUCUCUAUUAUGUACACGGGAGCACCUUUACUGGGAUUUGACCGGAUUCCACUCUGGGGUACAAUUUUGAUUACAUUGGGAAGUGGUGUGAUCUGUGCAUUCAUCGUCUGGUUCAUCGUCUGUCCCAGAAUGAAAAGAAAAAUCGAAAGAGAGAGAAAAGUCUCUAAUUUAGAUAAUGUACUGGACAAGAAGAGUGAGGAUUACUAUUCGGUAUCCAAGGAAGAUUUGGAAGAGCCCCAUUUGAAAGUUCCUUUGACUGAUGCAGCAUCUGAAAUCAAGACUCCUGUGACUGAUGCAGUUUCUGCUGUUUUGCCUAUGAAACAGAGUGGAAGAAUUGCUUUCAUAGGGGAUUUGGCAGAGGAUGUGGGAAAGGAUGGUGUUUCCAGUGGAGAGAUAAAAGAAACCAAUAUUGAUCGUGUGAUGAAUGGAACUGUGCAAUUUGGAAGUAGUCAUGUGCAGUUCAACCAGGCUAUCAAUAAUCAAACCAGUACCAACAGCUACAGUGGUCACUAUCACACUGUACACAAGGAUUCGGGAUUGUACAAAGAACUUCUUCACAAGUUGCACUUGGCUAAAAUGAUCGACUGUGCUGGAGACUCGGGUGAACCAGGAAGUAGGCCACUACGUCGCAACAACAGCUAUACCUGUUACACCAUGGCAAUUUGUGGCAUGCCUCUUGAUUCUUUCAAGCCCAAAGAGGGAGAAGCAAAGGCAGAGGAAAUGGAAAAACUGACAUCUGGCCUGGAAUCGAAGAAACGUAUCCGGCAGGACAGUUACAGUAGUUACUGUAAUGCUAUGGCUGACUCAAAUAAAACAUCUGAGGAUAGAGGUGUGAAGCUUGAAAUUGAAAAGACAGACCGCAAGUGCAGUGAUGGGUCUAUGGAUGAAUGGCGUGAGCAGGAGAAGCCUGAAGUUUCAUUACUGUUCCAGUUCUUGCAGAUCCUAACAGCCUGCUUUGGCUCAUUUGCUCAUGGCGGCAAUGAUGUCAGCAAUGCAAUUGGUCCUUUGGUUGCUUUAUGGGUUGUUUACUAUACAGAAGAUGUUAAUUCAAAAACUGAAACUCCAAUCUGGCUUCUGCUAUAUGGAGGUGUGGGCAUCUGUCUUGGUCUGUGGGUCUGGGGUCGUAGAGUUAUUCAGACCAUGGGCAAGGAUCUGACACCAAUUACCCCCUCAAGUGGCUUCAGUAUUGAAUUGGCCUCUGCUCUGACUGUGGUUAUUGCUUCAAAUAUUGGUCUUCCUGUUAGUACAACACAUUGUAAGGUUGGUUCAGUUGUAGCUGUUGGCUGGAUGCGUGCAAAAAAAGCUGUUGACUGGCGCCUCUUUCGAAACAUCUUCAUGGCGUGGUUUGUUACGGUCCCAAUCUCUGGUCUUAUUAGUGCUGCCAUCAUGGCUUUAUUCAAAUAUGCUAUCUUGCGAAUGUCCUGAGUACCAUCUAUCUUCAGAGGAGUAUUGCUAUGGUUGUUACCCUGUGCUACUGUAGACCUGUUCAUUCAGAUUGUUUAAUGUGAAACCUGUUCAAUGGAAGUCAAAGCUUUAACUGGAGUCUUUUAACAUCAGUAUAUGUUCAAGGAGUCCAACUUGAUUGAAUAUAUGCUGUUCAUUUUUUUUUACUUUUUGACUGCUUGCUUUUUAAUUUGAGAACCCUUGUCUUUUUUUUGUAUAGUGUUUAUUACUGCAUGUUUUUAAACAAGGUGUAAUGCUAUUUAAUACUGUGAACUGAGCUUUUUGACAUUUAACAAAUGUAUGCAUAAAGCACUAGAUUCUGAUUAAGCCACAUGGUAAGCAACCUGUUAGUCCAUUUAAGGCCAUGUUGAGGUACCAAAGAGUGGGGCAAUCAAAUGUGCAGUUGUUUUAAAGUCUUCCAUUUAAAUCUAAUGAUUAUAGAAAAUUAUUCAUUUGUAAUUGAAUUGGUCAAAUGUUCAUUAAAGAUUAGCACACCUUG